CACACACACUCGCUUGGCUUUAACGCAAUAGGGUUCGCACGUUCCAAUUUCUCUCCCAUUUUCUUCACACAGAUGCGUUGUGAUUAUAAAGGCAGAGCCUUAAGGAGAUAGGAAUAUUGGUGAUUUUGUUAAUUGUUUAGAGUGAGAGGCAUCAGCCAUGGCAUGGUUUAGAGCUGGAGCUAGCAUAGCAAAGCAUGCAAUUAGAAAGACCCUUUCUCAGGGCAGAUCCUCAUAUGUUGUGUCAAGGGCUAGAGUCUUUCCAUCACCACAGAGUAGAAGCUUUCAGACCACGGUUUUCAAAUCCAAAGAGCAAGCUGCUCCUGUACCUCGCCCUGUUCCCCUUUCUAGGUUGACUGACAGCUUCUUGGAUGGGACAAGCAGUGUUUACUUAGAGGAGCUUCAAAGAGCUUGGGAAGCUGACCCCAACAGUGUUGAUGAGUCUUGGGACAAUUUCUUUAGGAACUUUGUGGGUCAGGCUUCCACCUCUCCUGGGAUUUCUGGUCAAACCAUCCAGGAGAGUAUGAGGUUGCUGUUGCUGGUCAGGGCAUACCAGGUUAAUGGCCACAUGAAGGCUAAGUUGGAUCCAUUAAGUCUGGAAGCAAGGGAGAUCCCAGAUGAUUUGGACCCUGCCCUAUAUGGUUUCUCUGAGGCUGAUCUUGAUAGGGAGUUCUUUUUGGGAGUGUGGAGGAUGGCUGGUUUUUUGUCUGAGAAUCGUCCUGUCCAAACCCUUAGGUCCAUAUUGACACGGCUUGAGCAGGCUUAUUGUGGAAGCAUUGGGUAUGAGUAUAUGCACAUUGCAGAUCGCGAAAAGUGUAAUUGGCUUAGGGACAAGAUUGAAACCCCUACACCUACACACUUUAACCGGGAGCGUCGUGAGGCUAUUUUUGAUAGGCUUGCUUGGAGCUCACUGUUUGAGAACUUCUUGGCCACCAAGUGGACGUCAGCAAAGAGAUUUGGGCUUGAAGGGGGAGAGACUCUUAUUCCCGGCAUGAAAGAAAUGUUUGAUCGAUCGUCUGAUCUUGGGGUCGAGAGCAUAGUUAUGGGAAUGGCGCAUAGGGGAAGACUGAAUGUUUUGGGUAAUGUAGUCCGGAAGCCGCUACGUCAAAUUUUUUGUGAGUUUAGUGGUGGUGGUGGCCAGGCUGAGGAUGAAAUUGGGCUCUACGCAGGAACUGGUGAUGUUAAGUAUCAUUUGGGAACAUCUUAUGAUCGUCCUACUAGGGGUGGGAAGAGGAUACAUUUGUCUUUGGUGGCAAAUCCCAGUCACUUGGAAGCUGUCAACCCAGUUGUUGUUGGGAAAACUCGAGCUAAGCAGUAUUACUCAAAUGAUAUGGACAGAACCAAAAACAUGGCUGUUUUGAUUCAUGGAGAUGGUAGUUUUGCCGGACAGGGCGUGGUCUAUGAAACCCUACAUCUAAGUGCUCUUCCAAAUUACACUACUGGUGGGACUAUUCACAUUGUGUUCAAUAAUCAAGUUGCAUUUACAACUGAUCCAAUGUCUGGCAGGUCUUCACAGUAUUGCACUGAUGUUGCCAAAGCUUUAGAUGCUCCCAUCUUUCAUGUCAACGGUGAUGAUGUGGAAGCAGUUGUUCAUGCCUGUGAACUUGCUGCUGAGUGGCGCCAGACUUUCCAUUCCGAUGUGGUUGUCGACUUGGUUUGUUAUCGUCGAUUUGGCCACAAUGAGAUUGAUGAACCAUCUUUCACACAGCCUAAAAUGUAUAAGGUCAUCCGAAGCCAUCCAUCAACUCUUGAGAUCUAUCAGAAGAAGCUUUUGGAAUCAGGGGAGCUGACACAAGAAGACAUUGAUACGAUACACAAGAAGGUCACAUCAAUUCUGAAUCAAGAAUUUUCGGCUAGCAAGGAAUACAUUCCAAAGAGAAGAGAUUGGCUUUCGGCAUAUUGGACUGGAUUCAAGUCACCUGAACAAGUUUCACGUGUCCGAAACACUGGUGUGAAGCCAGAUAUCUUGAAAAAUGUCGGUAAAGCAAUCACAACCGUCCCUGAAAAUUUCACACCUCAUAAAGCAGUGAAGAGGAUUUAUGAACAACGUGCCCAAAUGAUUGAAACUGGGGAAGAUAUUGAUUGGGGUUUUGCAGAGUCACUUGCUUAUGCUACAUUGCUUGUUGAAGGUAACCAUGUUCGAUUAAGUGGUCAGGAUGUUGAAAGAGGAACUUUUAGUCACCGCCAUGCUGUAGUUCAUGAUCAGACAACAGGGGAUAAAUAUUGCCCCCUUGACCAUGUUAUAAUGAACCAAAAUGAUGAGAUGUUUACAGUCAGCAAUAGCUCACUGUCAGAGUUUGGUGUUCUUGGAUUUGAAUUGGGUUACUCAAUGGAAAAUCCCAAUUCAUUAGUUAUUUGGGAGGCUCAGUUUGGUGAUUUUGCUAAUGGGGCUCAUGUGAUAUUUGACAAUUUCUUGGUUUCUGGUGAGGCUAAGUGGCUCCGUCAGACUGGGCUUGUUGUGUUACUUCCUCAUGGUUAUGAUGGCCAGGGCCCUGAACAUUCAAGUGCGAGAUUGGAACGCUUCCUUCAGAUGGCUGAUGACAACCCUUAUGUUAUCCCUGAGAUGGAUCCAACUCUUCGGAAACAAAUUCAGGAGUGUAAUUUGCAGAUUGUGAAUGUCACAACUCCUGCUAACUUUUUCCAUGUUUUAAGGAGGCAGAUACAUAGAGAAUUCCGUAAACCUCUUAUUGUAAUGUCCCCUAAGAAUCUGCUUCGUAGUAAGGCUUGCAGAUCAAAUUUAUCUGAGUUUGAUGAUGUCCAAGGCCACCCAGGUUUUGACAAACAGGGAACCAGAUUUAAGCGCCUCAUAAAAGACCAAAAUGAUCACUCAGACAUUGAGCAGGGUAUUAGACGUCUAGUACUGUGCUCUGGAAAGGUUUACUAUGAACUUGAUGAACAUCGAUCAAAGGUUGAUGGAAAGGAUGUUGCAAUAUGUAGGGUGGAACAGCUUUGUCCUUUCCCUUAUGACCUUGUCCAACGAGAGCUUAAACGAUAUCCAAAUGCGGAGAUUGUUUGGUGUCAAGAAGAGCCAAUGAACAUGGGUGGAUACACUUACGUUUUACCCCGACUUAUAUCUUCCAUGAAAGCUGUAGGUAGGGGAUCUUAUGAAGAUGUCAAAUAUGUUGGUCGUGCUCCAUCUGCAGCCACAGCCACUGGUUUCCUCAAGGUUCACCAGAAGGAGCAAGCUGAGAUUGCUGAGAAAGCCCUUCAAGGCGAACCCAUCACCUUCCCAUACUGAAAAGGCUUUGCACAUGCAUCCUUUUCGAGAAUGAUAAUGCAUAUGAUUUAUCCAUGUAAGGAGCAAUAGUUGGAAGGUGGUUUAAUAUAUUUGCUUGAGUUUUGACCUUUACGUUUCUGAUUCUCUGAAAACAUCAGGUAAACUGAAUUUCAUGGUGUAUACUUAUGCUGAGAUAUUUUUAUUUCGUUGGUGCCAAGAGGUAAUUGCUAUAGGACACGGAAAGGCGGGUUGCCUUGCAAGUUGAAUUGAUGCAUCGAUAUUUCGUCUCUCUUUUUUUGUGUGUGUAUACUUUGUAACUUGGAAAUGCAUCUUCAAUAAUUUUUGUGAAAUGUAAUUCCACAGGCAUUGCUUGGCUGCUACAGUUCCUCUAAUAAAUUGUUUUUUUUC